GUUUCGAUUCCAGCAGCAAUAAAUAGGCUGCAGUCGGUCGCUGCUGUUUGAUAGAUGCAGAGCUGAAGAAAUGGCCCCGACGCUGUUUGACAAUCCUGCAAAGCCAGGCGACCUGAUCGAAAUUGACCGUGGGACAUUCAAGCACUGGGCUGUCUACAUCGGAGGAAAUGAAGUUGUUCAUUUAAUGCCUCUAAACGCAGAUAACGAUUCAGAAUCUUUCGGUACCCUGAUGAGGUUUCUGGACAGCGGCGUAGCAGAGGUGAAACGUCAGAAGAUAUGGGAAUUGGUCGGCUCCGACAGUUAUGAUGUCAACAACCUCCUGGAUGAUGAGUACGAGGCUCGUGAACGCCACGUCAUAGUGAGGGAGGCGUGUAGGAUGGUGGGUCGACAGAUGCCCUACUGUCUGUUCACUGACAACUGUGAACAUUUCGUCACAAACCUACGAUACGGCAAGCCAGAGUCUCGUCAGGUUAAAACAGCAGCUGUGAUUGCUGGCGUCGCUACAGCCGGUGUAGCCAUAGCGGCGUUGGGAGCUGUUCUUUUUUCCUCCUUGCUCAAAGAUGACGACAAAAAAAGAAGACAUCAUAAGUGACAGCGAUGAGGCGGGAACAUCUUUGUUCGUUGAUGCCGUUGUUUUAAUCAGUUGAAAUGUUAUUCUUUGUUUUUCAAGAUAUAAUAUGAUUCAACUGUAAUAAGACAAUGUGAUGAAUUUUCUUAAAUCAAGUGAUGAGAGGAGGAAUCCUUAUUUUAUCAUAAAGCUGUAAAUAAAGCAGCAUUUUGUUUGUUUAUAAGAGCCAUUUAUCACAUUUUUGCCACUUGCUUACUGUAUUAAUUUGGAGGUUUUUAUGAUUAAUCCUUUAUUGU